CUCUUUUGUUUGCUGCAUAUGUAGCCAGUCUAUCUUCUCAUGGUCCUCGUUCUUCCACUCUCUGCCUCUCUAUAUAUCAUCCCCUAUCCUUCCACCAUAUUCUUCUCCAACAAAAACUUAUAGAUAAUGGCCAAUAAUCUCAAAUAUUAUCUCUUCCUCCUCUACUUGUUUUCUGCAGCACACCUUAUCCAAGGUGCAAAAGGGUCCAGAAUUCAAAUGACAUUUCCUUAUAAUCAGAGAGCCGACCAUGUUUCAUCAUCUGGAGAAUUGAACUUGAAGGAUUUGCAUUCAAGAAGAUUAAUGAUUGGAUCGGUGGCACCAACGUGCACGUAUAAUGAAUGCAAAGGGUGCAAGUACAAGUGCAGAGCCGAGCAAGUUCCUGUCGAAGGGAACGACCCAAUGAACAGCCCAUACCACUACAAAUGCGUGUGUCAUGGGUGAUAUUUCAUGUAAACCAAGACACUUUUGGUACACAGUAUCGGACAAUACCUUAUAUUUUGGCUAUAAUAUGAUGUUUCAGUAUAAUACAGUCGAGUCGAUUUGAGUCGAGUACUCGAGUAGCUUACGUGAAUUAUGGUUCAUAUUAUGGGAAUAUGCUAGAGAAUUAAGUCUUCCUGUUUUCUACAAUAUUUUUGUCACUAAAACCAGUUAGAUUGUGUCAUUCUUGAUCCAGGAUGCCACUUGUUUGUAUGAAUUUUUGGAUUGAGUUAUUGCUUACUGUUUUGUUGGAAGCAGCUUUUUUGUGCA